GACACAUGCCGCCCGCAAUGGAGAAACAGAAGAAGAUGUCGGACUUUUUUAAAGCGGAUACUGAGAGUGUUAAAAGGCGAAAGUUAGAUAUAAGUAUUGAGAAAAAAGAACGUGAUCGGGAGUAUGAACGGAGUCGCCGAUCACGAGAUUUCCAGGAAUCUUGGACGAAAAAUCGAGACUGGUUAUAUUUUGAAAAAAGCACAGGACUUAUGUUCUGUACAAUUUGUAAAGAACACGCGAAAGGGACUGUAGAUAAAGCAUGCUCUUUUGCCGCUGGAUGUGCUAAUCUUAGGUUAGAAACAAUUAAUUACCAUGAAGAAAAAUCAUCCUUUCAUAAAAAAAUGUGUUGAGAUUCAUAGAGCGAAAUCUACGCCAAGAGGUGAGUCUGCUGCAGAAAAGAUUGUAGAAAAACUAAAUAAAAAAGCUGUCGAUCGUUUAACAGUUUUAUUUUGUAAUGUCCAUGCUCUGGUUCAACAUAGGCGUCCAUUCACUGAUUAUCCUUGGAUACUUGAGCUUGACAAAAAGAAAGGGAUAGAUGUUGGAAACACUUAUAACACAGACAAAGAGGCCCAGAUAUUUUCCUUCUUUAUUGCACAAGAGGCUAGAAACAAUAUUAAAAAGUUCAUGAACAAAUGUCCAUUCAUAUCUGUGAUCACUGAUGGAGCAACAGACAAGUCAGUUAAAGAACAAGAAAUAGUGUAUUGCAGAUCGUCAAAUGCUGGACUUGUUGACACAUAUUAUAUUGGAAUAGGAGAGCCAGAACGUGCUGAUGCGAAUGGAAUCAUUAGUGUCAUUGAUACAGUUUUUGAAUCUUUGGAUAUUAAAGACUACAAGGACAAACUGGUGGGCUUUGGGUCAGACGGCGCAUCUGUCAACACAGGAAAGAAAAAUGGAGUCAUAGCCAAAUUAAGAGAGAGUCAACCUUGCAUCAUUGGAGUACACUGUCAUGCUCACCGCCUUGAGCUAGCAUACAAAGAUGCCAUGCGUAAAUACCCAUCUCAUAAAACGCUUGAAGAACUACUGGAUGGACUCUAUUUAUUUUAUCAUAACAGCCCCCUAAAUCGUUCAGAUCUAGGGAGAUCAUGUGAAGUAUUGGAUGUGCCUAAAGUUGUACCAGCAAGAAUAGGUGGAACAAGAUGGCUUUCACAUUGGCUGCGGGCAUUAGAAAAUUUGUGGAAGGCUUACCCAGGAAUUGUCAGUCAUUUGCAAACGCUGACACACACUUCCCAAGUUCCUAAGAGAACGACUGAUGCUGUCGGGAAAGCUAAUGGAUAUCUCAAAAUGUUGUUGAAUUUUGACAUUUUGGUCUAUGCACACUUCAUGACAGAUGUGAUUAAAGUCCUUUCAACAUUAUCAUUGUUCCUACAGCAUGAAAAGGCUACAGUGUCAGAGGUUUACCUCAAAGUAUUGGCAACAAUGGCUGUGCUUGAACAAUACAAAAAUAAGGAUGGUCCAAUUUUAAAGAAAUUUGUUCAACUUCUGGAAUUAGACAAGGGCAUGUUUCAUGGAUUUAAAAUUAACCGUAUUGAAAGAUCCAGAGAUAACGCAGCUUUGAAGUUUCCAAGAGAGGGGACCAUUGAUCGCCUAGUUGACUGUUUAAAUGGCAGAUUCGAUGAGCAGCAGUCCAGGAUUCUCAAAGCGACGAAGUUGGCAGACUUUUUGGGCUGGCCAAAACGAUCAAAUUAUGCUGGUAUAAAUUUUUAG